CUCAGCCUGUUGCCAGAAAUGGCCCUCUCAGUGGACUCCUCUUGGCACCGGUGGCAGUGGCGAGUCAGAGAUGGUGUUCCCCGGUCUCCGUUGGAAACCACACCACUACUCUCCCCAGAUAAGAGAAGGCAGAGCUACAACCUGACACAGCAGCGGGUUGUGUUCCCCAACAACAGCACAUUCCACCCAGAUUGUGAGAAGGUCUCCAGGAGAUACUCCAGCAACAGAAUCCACACAACCAAAUACACCCUCUUCACCUUCCUCCCCCAGAAUCUCUUUGAGCAGUUUCACAGAUGGGCUAACCUCUAUUUCCUGUUUCUGGUGAUUCUGAACUGGAUGCCCUCCAUGGAAGUCUUUCAUCGGGAAAUCACCAUGUUACCAUUGGCCAUUGUGCUGUUUAUCAUCAUGGUCAAGGACGGCAUGGAGGACUUCAAGAGAUACCGCUUUGAUAGAGAGAUAAACUUCUCCAGCAUUCAAAUAUAUGAAAGAAAAGAGCAGAACUACGUGCGGAGGCGCUGGAAGGAUGUGCAUGUGGGAGACUUUAUCCAAAUGCAAUGCAAUGAGAUCAUCCCAGCAGACAUACUCCUCCUCUUUUCCUCGAACCCCAGCGGGAUCUGCCACCUGGAAACCGCCAACUUGGAUGGAGAGACAAACCUCAAACAAAGGCGUGUUGUGAAGGGCUUCUCACAGCAGGUAGGGCUCUUCUCACACCUUCAGUGGGAGCAUCCUGACCAGACCAGGACUGGCUUUGGCAGUGAGAGCCUUCUGCUUCGAGGCUGCACCAUCAGAAACACUGAGGUGGCGGUUGGCAUUGUCAUCUACGCAGGCCAUGAGACGAAAGCCAUGUUGAACAACAGUGGCCCCCGGUACAAACGCAGCAAGAUUGAGCGGCGCAUAAACACAGACAUCUUCUCCUGCAUUGGGCUCCUCUUCCUCAUGUGCCUUAUUGGAGCUGUAGGUCACAGCCUCUGGAAUGGGACCUUUGAAGAACACCCUCCCUUUGAUGUGCCAGAUGACAACGGCAACUACACUUCCGUGGCCCUUGAGAGCUUCUAUGUGUUCCUCAUAAUGAUUAUCCUGCUGCAGGUGCUGAUCCCGAUCUCUUUGUAUGUGUCCAUCGAGCUGGUGAAGCUAGGGCAAGUGUUCUUCCUGAACAACGACCUUGACCUGUAUGAUGAAGAGACAGAUUCAGCCAUUCAGUGUCGAGCCCUCAACAUCACUGAAGACCUGGGCCAGAUCCAGUACAUCUUCUCCGACAAGACGGGAACCCUGACAGAGAACAAGAUGGUGUUCCGGCGUUGCACUAUCAUGGGCAGCGAGUACUCUCACCAAGAAAAUGCCAAGCGACUAGAGACCCCAAAGGAGCUGGACUCAGACAGUGAAGAGUGGACCCAAUACCAAUGCCUGACCUUCCCAGCCAGAUGGGCCCAGGGUCCAGCAACAGUGAGAAGCCAAGGAGGUGCCCAGCCUCUGAGGAGGUCCCAGAGUGCCCGGGUGCCCAUCCAGGGCCACUCCCGACAAAGGUCCAUGGGGUGCUGUGAAAGCUCACCACCUCCUGUGGCCUUCAGCAGCUCCAUAGAAAAAGAUGUGACUCCAGAUAGAAACCUACUGCCCAAGGUGCGAGACGCUGCCCUGUGGCUAGAGACCUUGUCAGACACCAGACCUGCCAAGCCUUCCCUCUCCACCACCUCCUCCGUUGCUGACUUCUUCCUGGCCUUGACCAUCUGCAACUCUGUCAUGGUGUCCACAACCACAGAGCCCAGGCAGAGGGUCACCAUCCCACCCUCAAACAAGGCUCUGGGGAUGUCCUUAGAGAAGAUUCAGCAGCUCUUCCAGAGGUUGAAGCUAUCAAGCCUCAGCCAGUCAUUCUCAUCCACUGUGCCCUCUGACACAGACCUGGGGGAGAGUUUGGGGGCAAACAUGCCCACCACAAACUCGGAUGAGAGGGACGAUGCAUCUGUGUGCAGUGGCGGCUCCUCCACCGAUGGUGGCUACAGGAGCAGCACGUGGGACCAGGGCAACAUCCUGGGGUCUGGGUUGGGCACUUCCAUGGAGGACAUGCUGGAGGCCCCAGUGGCAGGCCUGGCCAGCCCUGAGCUCUGUUAUGAGGCCGAGAGCCCUGACGAGGCAGCCCUGGUACAUGCUGCCCAUGCCUACAGCUUCACCCUGGUGUCCCGGACACCUGAGCAGGUGACUGUGCGCCUGCCCCAGGGCACCUGCCUCACCUUCAAUGUCCUGUGCACUCUGGGCUUCGACUCUGUCAGGAAGAGAAUGUCCGUGGUUGUGAGGCACCCACUGACUGAUGAGAUCAUUGUCUACACCAAGGGAGCCGACUCGGUCAUCAUGGACCUGCUGGAAGACACAGCCUGUGUGGCUGACAUUGCUAUGGAAAAGAAGCUGAAGAAAAUCCGAUCCCGAACCCAGAAACAUCUAGACUUGUAUGCAAGAGAUGGUCUGCGCACACUGUGCAUCGCCAAGAAGGUUGUAAGUGAAGAGGACUUCCAGAGAUGGGCCAGUUUCAGAUGUGAGGCCGAGGCAUCCCUCGACAACCGAGAUGAGCUUCUAAUGGAGACAGCACAGCGUCUGGAGAAUCAACUCACCUUACUCGGGGCUACUGGGGUUGAAGAUCGGCUGCAGGAAGGAGUUCCAGAUACAAUCGCUGCUCUGCGAGAGGCUGGGAUCAAGCUCUGGGUCUUGACCGGAGAUAAGCAGGAGACAGCAGUCAAUAUCGCCUAUUCCUGCAGACUGUUAGAUCAGACUGACACUGUUUACUCCAUUAUUACCGAGAGUCAGGAAACCUGUGAGUCCAUCCUCAACUGUGCAUUGGAAGAGGUAAAGCAGUUCCAUAAACCACAGAAGCCAGACCGCACGUUCUUUGGGUUCCGCCUACCUACCAAGACACCAUUCACUACCUCAGGAGCUACAACUCCAGAAGUUGGACUGGUCAUCAAUGGGAAGACAUUGAAUGCCAUUAUCCAGGGAAAGCUCGAGAAUAAGUUUCUGGAGUUGACCCAGUACUGCCGUUCUGUCCUAUGCUGCCUCUCCACGCCACUCCAGAAGAGUAUGACCGUCAAGCUGGUGCGAGACAAGUUGAAAGUCAUGACCCUUUCCAUAGGUGAUGGAGCAAAUGACGUAAGCAUGAUUCAAGCUGCUGAUGUUGGAAUUGGAAUAUCUGGACAGGAAGGCAUGCAGGCUGUCAUGUCCAGCGACUUUGCCAUCUCCCGCUUCAGACACCUCAAGAAGCUGCUGCUUGUGCAUGGCCACUGGUGUUACUCCCGCCUGGCCAGGAUGGUGGUGUACUCCUUCUACAAGAAUGUGUGCUACGUCAACGUGCUCUUCUGGUAUCAAUUAUUCUGUGGGUUCUCCGGCACCGCCAUGAUCGAUUAUUGGCAGAUGAUGUUCUUCAACCUCAUCACCCCCUUGCCUCCUCUCAUCUUCGGAAUUCUCGACAGGGACGUCUCUGCAGAAACACUCCUGGCGCUGCCUGAGCUGUACAAGAGUGGCCAGAACUCUGAGUGCUAUAACCUGUCGAUCUUCUGGAUUUCCAUGCUAGAUGCAUUGUACCAGAGCCUCGUCUGUUUCUUUUUCCCUUACCUGACCUACAGGGGCUCUGAUAUCGAUGUCUUUACCUUUGGGAUACUGAUCAACACCAUCUUGCUCGCCACCAUGCUCUUGCACCAGGCGAUGGAAAUGAAGACAUGGACUGUCAUCCACGGGCUGGUCCUCCUAGGCAGCUUCCUACUGUACUUUACAGUAUCCCUCCUGUACAACGCCACCUGCAUCACCUGCAGCAGUCCCUCCAAUCCCUACUGGGUGAUGGAAAGGCAGCUCUCAGAUCCCACUGUCUACCUCGUCUGCUUCCUCACACCAGUCGUGGCUCUUCUCCCAAGGUACUUUUUCCUGUCUCUACAAGGGACCUGUGGGAAGUCUCUGAUCUCAAAAGCUCAGAAAAUUGACCAACUACCCACAGACAAAAGAGACCUGGAAAUCCAGAGUUGGAGAAGCAGACAGAGGCCUGCCCCCAUCCCCGGAGUGACUCAACCUACCCACCAACCAGUGCCAUCUAUCCCAAAACAGGACAUCAGAGCCAGCACCCCAAAGAGCUCUGGCCCUCCCAAGCAGAAGCAGAUUGAGGACUGGGUGCUCCAUGGACAGAGAUGUAGCAGAGAGCACAUGAGAGAUGAUCCAUGCUUGGGGGACUCCUCAGCCAAACUCUCAUCUGGGGAGCACCUUCUGGGGCCUCAUGGGACAAUGGCUCCUGAAGCCUACUCAGGUGGACAGACCAUUGUGUCUCGGCACUUAAGCAGGGGCAAUCAUCGCCGAUCCCAGAGUUCACUGACCGUAUGA